GUUACCGUUUGUGACUCCAGCUGGCGCUGAGUUCGCAUCUCUCAACCAGCACCACAAUAAUUAUAAUUCCGGCCCUCAAGUCAUCGUCCAUCGUCGGGAGCGGAAAAUCGGAAUUAAGAGACGAGAGUCACCGAUCGAUCGGCUUUGCUGUGCUUUGCGGCCCUGCAUGCGGGAGUAGGAUUGUCGUCGUUGGAGGGCCACUAAUUGGAUUAAUCGCCGGCAUGGCACUCACCGUGGCCAGUGGACCUGUCAGCAAGUCCUCCGACAUGUGCUCCAAGGGCUACUACAUUCUCUGGACCCUGUUCUUCCUGCAGUUCUUCACCUGCGUGUCUUGCCUCUUCGAAGACCAGAUUGGGAAAUUCGAUUGGAGACAGCGGUACAUCGGGAAGAUCAGGUUCGCCGCCUUCGAUGCCGUCAGCGGCACCAGGAAGAUCCUGGUGGCCACCGAGCAAAACGUGUUGGCCGCCCUACACCCCAAAUCAGGCAACAUCCUGUGGCAGCAGGUGCUCGAGAAGGACGAGUCGGUGCAGCACAUGCAUGUGGGCAAGGAGCUGGUCUCGGUGUCGGGCGGACCGCGGGUGCACGUGCGCGCAUGGGACAAGACAAACGGGCUUCUGGCGUGGGAGUGGUCGCUGUCGCAGCAGCAGUCCGCGCGGGCCCGCUGGGCCGUGGACAAGGGCCGGCUCUACCACGUGGUGCCGCUGGACGGGCAGCUCGAGGUGUCGGCCUUCUCGCUCGAGUCGGGUUCUGAUCUCGGCUCCCGACGACUGGCGGCGCCCUGGACGGCUGGCGGCGCCUACGACUGCGUCCUGGUCGGCGCCAACGUCGUCUGCGUCACCCAAAAAUCGUUCUACUGGACCUCCUUGGCCGACGGCGCUGCCUUCGCCGAGGUGCCACUCGCUUCGUUCGAUCUCACGCCGGCCGCCGUGCCCAUGCUGAGCGGCGUUGGAGAAUUGGCCUUCUCGCUCAGGCUGCCUGGAAAGCAGACCGUGUUCCUCAUGGGGGACAAGGGACCGAGGGCCAUCCACGAGGCCAGCGCCACUGCCUCGCUGCUGGCCACGCCGUUUGACUCCAACAUCAUGUUCAAACUGGAGAACAAACCUGAUAGCUCCGCUCUUCAAGUGUCCGCCGUUUCUUUGAACACUGGCGUUGAGGUGGACGAGUAUUCAAACACACUGAUCCUCGGCUCCAAGUUCAGUCCAUGCACCCUGACCGCCGCUAUUUGCAUCAAGGACGAGUGCUCUGCCGUGCUCAGCGGUGAGGACCACACCAUUUCCUUCGUCAACAUUCCAGGGCAAAUCACUUGGACGAGGGAGGAGGCGCUGGCUUCAAUCAUCAGCAUAGAGAUCAUCGACCUUCCUGUCUCGGACUUGGACGCGGCUAUCGAGUCUGAGUUUGGCAGCAAACAAGAGGAUUUGGGGGCGGCCACCGGAAUCGUGGGCAUGGUGAUGCGCAGGCUGACGAGCCAGGUGUUGCAGAUCAAAGUUCUGGCGCAGACAGUAUUAGGGCUGGUGCAGCCGGCCUCUUCGUCCGGCCCGUCACGCGCCUCCCUCAUAAGGGACACAUUCGGCCUACACAAGAUGAUCGUGGCCGUGACAUCGGCCGGAAAGGUGUUCGGCAUCGACAACCUCAGGGGUGAACUCAUCUGGCAGAUCCAGCUGCCGAGGUUCGCGCCCCUCCACGUCGGCAAGUCGCCCGUCGUGCCGCUCUACGUGCUCAGGACCACGAGCCACGUGCCUUUCACGCCUCUCUGCGCCAUCCUUGGCAAGGACAGGUUGACUGGUGAAGGCUUAGCCGUGACUUUCGAGCCGAUCAAGGGUCUGGUGCAGAGCUCGGACACUCUGGGCUACAAGGUGCAGCAGGUGAUGCAGCUGCCGCACCCUGACGACGAGUUCCUGCGCGGCCUGGUCGUGCUGGACGACCAGCUGAAGGUGCACGUCUACCCACCAGAGUCCAAGGCCAACGCGUUCAAGCAGGCGGCCAGUCUCUACAUGUUCACCACCUGGCCAGCCAAAGGCACCUUUGCCGGAUUCUCGUUUGCACACUCGACCCCAAAGGAUUUAGUAGCAACGAAAGUUUGGGAGCUGCAACUGCCAGAUGGACCAGACCGCGAGGUGGUGGCCGUAGUUGGCAAGAACCCCACCGAGCGAGUCAACUCUCAAGGACGCGUGCUGGCCGAUCGCAGCGUCAUGUACAAGUAUAUCAACCCCAAUCUCAUCGCCAUCAUAAGCCAAGUGUCCGACUCGUCCCACAAAUACAUCCUGAACAUGUACCUGGUGGACGGAGUGUCGGGCGCCGUUGUGCACUCGGCCACGCACAAACGGGCGAGGGCACCCGUCAACGUGGUCCACUCGGAGAACUGGCUGGUCUACAGCUACUUCAACGAGAAAAUGCGCAGGACGGAGCUGGCCUCCUUCGAACUGUACGAGGGCAAAAGCCGGAGCAACACCACAGCAUUCUCAUCAAAGUCCAACUCGGUUCGUCCACUUGUGGAGCAGCAAGCGUACAUUUUCCCAUCGGCCGUGGACACGAUGAAGGAAACGAUCACCGAGAAAGGAAUCACUAGCAAACAUUUAAUCAUGGCCUUGCCGAACGGCAAUAUUCUCGAGUUGCCUUGGAUGUUCGUCGACCCGCGACGGCCGACUGUUCAGACUGGCGAGAUGCGCGACGAGGGCGUCAUCCCGUACACGCCAGAGCUGCCCAUCCCACCGGACGCCAUCAUCAACUACAAUCAGACUGUUAAUCGAGUCAGAGGCAUUCACACAGCACCCAGCGGCCUUGAGUCUACCUGUCUAGUCCUUGUCUACGGCCUUGACCUAUUUUACAUAAGAGUGGCACCGUCGAAGGCGUUCGACCUGCUCAAGGACGACUUUGACCACUUCCUGAUCGCGGCCGUGCUGCUCGGUCUUGUGAUAGCGUCGUACGUGACCAAAAAACUGGCUGCGCGCAAGGCUCGCAAUCAGGCGUGGAAGUGAGUGCGCGCUCGAGUGAAAGCAAGCCGAGCCAGAGAAAUAGUUAGUUGUGCCGGUCGGUGGUUGGACAGUGAGUGGUGCUGUUCUCGUUUACUUUGUGAUCCCUCUCGUUCAUUCCUCGUCGCGGGACAAACGUGGCCCAAACCAUUCAGGGAAUCCCGACUCUUUAUUGUUUGUUUGUUUGUUGAAUGUUUUCUAUACGACCUGUCGCAGCAGCAAUAUCACUGGAAUAAAUAUGAAGGAUGCGAUUGCGGAGAAAGAAAAGAUCCCUUAAA